CUACCAGGGACCAGAGACAUCAACACUCACGCCGGGGGGGGGGAAGCAAGUCACCUUUACCAGGUUGGAGCCUCGAGUCCCUUCUCAUCGAAUUCGUCUAUUCUCCUCAGUCUCCUCGUAUCCCUCGCUACAUCUGUCAGGCCAUGUCCACCACCUCACCCACACGACAGCUGGUCGAGGCAAGGCAGCCCGGACGGGUCUCACGGUACACCGCCAGCUUCCUCCGGUACAGUCUCUUGCCAGUCAUUGUAAUUGGGGUGCCUGCUUGGCCUGUUUUGGCAGUCAGCUGUGCUGUCCCCUUCUUGGCUCUAGUUACGAUCCCCCUCUUCAUUGGUCUCUCCUGUCUCCUCCUCUACUCGCUCUCAUGGUUCACCUACCUCGUCCUAGCACAAGCAGAUGCCCCAACUAUCAAGUCCAACACCUCUCGCUUCCUGCCCUUUCUUCCGUACGCACCCACCAAGUGUGUCAAGGUGACUUGGGCAUCCCUCCAAUACUCUCUCACGGCAACAAAGCUGGCCUUCCCAGCUCUUCUAGACUGGAGCUACAGGAGGGUGAUGAUCUUGGGGACAGCCGCGGGAUCCUCGGUAGUCCGAGAGGGGAUCCUGUAUGGCUCUUCCGCCAGCGCCAAGAGGCUCGACGUCUAUCUCCCGCCCAAUCUCUCUUCGACUCGCGACUAUGAGCCCGUCUCUACAACCGCAUCAGCCAAGCGAUCGCGCAAGCAUUCGACCAACUUUGAUGAACCGCCCUCCGCCGUAGGUUCAGAUGGCUCGAUUCUGGAGGAAAGUGGAAAGGCCAAGCCCGAGGAGAAGGCUCCGCGAGGCACACGCAAGGCAGCUCCCGUCAUCGUCUUUCUCCCGAGCUCUAUCCCGCCCUUCUCUUGGUCUAGCAGACGCAAGGCCUACCUGCAGCUCGCCCUACGCUUGCGAAGGAUGGGCAACUGCGUAGUCAUUCCGGACGUGACUUAUUUCCCCGAAGAUAGGAUCAAGCAGUCGGUCAGUGAUGUGAGGGAGGUCCUGCGAUGGGUGGGACAGAACAUCUCUCGGUACGGCGGAGACCCUCAGAGGAUCCACUUGAUGGGCCAUGGACUAUCGGCCCACCUCGCGCUGCUCACCCUCACUCAGGAGGCCGUAGUGCUCAGUCGUGAGGGUCUGCUCGAAGCUCAGGCGGAGAGGGAACAGCGUCACAUUGCACGUGAGGAGCGUUGGCAGCAAGAGGAAGAAGAGAGGAAAAAGUACGCAGCGAGUGGAUCGUCCAGCCCUCCUAGACCUACAAAGGUAGCAGGAACAGCUCCUCCGCAGGCUGCCACGAAGACUACUGCUGGAGGCCCUAGGAGAAGUGGUGAUGGAUGGGUCGAUGAUUCGGCUCUAUCUGGAGACGAGGUCCUCUCACCUGGUAUACAGUUGCCAAAUGAAGGUCGCUUCUCUAGGGAUAGAGGCAGCAAAGGCAAGCCCGACUCGGCCAACAACCCCUCUCUGGGCGAACUUGCAGAUGACGAGCAUCCCAACUUCCCUCGGGCGUCCAGCGCGAUCAGAGGGGCUUCUUCCAACUCUCCCUCCAUUGCCUUUCCCUCUACGCCCGUACACAGCGAGAGCAGGAUGCAGCGCUAUCUGCAAUCCCGCCGGGAAGGCUACUUUGACGACAGCGACGUCGACGACGACUCCAUUCUGGACAUUCCCAUUCCCAAUGGUCUCCGGCGCGUCGAAAUCUAUUCUCCGGAAACUGAAGUUCCUCCAGUAGCAGGCUUGAUCCUCUUUAGUGGAAUUUCCGAUGUCAUCAAGGGAUUUAGAAACGAGACGGAGCGAGGAAUCGAAGACUUGAGCGUGCUACGUCGCUCCGCCGGUCCAAGUCACACCAGUUGUCUCCUCCACUCUCCCGCCCACCUACUCUACGCCUCUAAAAAUCUCCUCAACCCUGCUCUUCUACCAGCCAAAGUCCUCUUGAUCCACGGAGGAAAAGAUGCAGUGGUUCCCAUUGAGCAAAGUACCCUACUCAAGACUUUACUGGUAGGAAUUGGAGUUAAUCAUGUUAGACUUCGGGCUUAUAGACAAUUGGGACAUGCAGAGAGUGUGGCGUGUUUAUUCUUGGGAAUGGGAAAAGGAUUAAAGAGGUAUCAGAAGAUGAUUUGUCAAGAUCUUGAUGAUUUUCUUGCCGAGUAGACUUUGUUCCAGUCCAGUCCAGUCCAAGACUGGUUCCACACUCGUUAGUGGUAGAAGUAAUGGUGUGGCUUUCUCCUCUUGUACUUUCGUUAUUCUACGCAGAGGAUCCGCACGUCUCUCCCGUUUGAACUUUACUUUACUAGAUUCGCUUCGUCGUUUAAUGUACAUCUAUAGUCAUUGCAAACCGCAUCAAAAAGUCGUAUGUUGU